AUGUUGAACAACAUUGGUCAUGCUGUUAUGGAUGUUUCAAAUGAGCUUAAAACAUUAAAAAAAGAAAUCCAUGUUAUUAAAGUUGAUGUUAUGAAAAAUCAGGAAAUAUUAAAUAGUUUGGCUGAAAAUGACCGCCGUACAGUGUCUUCUGUAGACACAAGACAAGUGAUAAAUAGAGCUAGCUUAAAAAUUCCGGUUCAAACUAUUUCCGAAUUAAAUGAAAUUGAAGAAGAUGAGGACAAACUCAGCACACUGGCCCGUAUUUUACAAAGAGAUGCCAGAUCAUUUGAUGCUAAACGAACAACUUACAUGGCCAUGAAACUCAUCAUGCAAAAUCGAGUGGCUGAAUUUUUGAAUAUGGAGGGGAGAGGGGAUAAAACAGCAUUUGUUAAAUACAAAAUAUAUACAACUGUUAUAGAUUGCGUCAAAGAUAUUUUUCCAAUAGUAUCACUAAUCGAAAUAAAGGGCCAUAUUAGUGAUUGGUUGAAACAAGCUCCAAGAAGGAAAUAA